AAUGCUCAUUUACUCUUUACCCUUCUCUCUUCCUUUUUCCGGCGCAAACGGCCUCAACAUCAUCACCCCGGGGAAAUGCAGCUCCGAUCUCGUCAGGUCAUCUCUAAUCCGUCCGCAAACGGAGAACACAGUGAUGGUUCUGAGUCUUCUGACAAGGCUGACAGUGAUUUCCAGUUGAGUGAUUUGUCUGACCAUGAAAUUCAUGUGGUGUCUUCAGAUUCUGAUGUAAACAACUCUACCAAUAAAGGUGAAAUGUAUGAAGAGAGAGAUUUUCUUGGUUUAAAUUAUAAACCAGAGGCAAAGAUUAAUGUUACUCUUUCUGAAUGUGCUGAGCCUUCAAAUAAAAGGGGUGAGACCAAUCUAAAUCUAAACCAAGUCAAUGAUGAAAAGGAGUUAGCAGACCAAGAUUAUGAUGACUAUCCUGAGUCUCAUCACCCUCCUGAGUCUCAUCACCCUCCUGAGUAUCCUAGGCCAAUCAGAAAGAGGAAAUACAGUGGAAGAAAGAAAAGGAAGAGAACAAAUACAGGGUCAUUGUUGAAGUGGGAGGAAUGGGAAGACAAUCACGAGAAAUGGAUUGAUCAGAACUUUGCUGCAGAUGUAGAUUUGGAUCAGCAGAAUGCAGUAAUAACUGAAACUGCUGAACCAUCAUCUGAGUUGAUUAUGCCUUUGUUAAGAUACCAAAAAGAAUGGUUGGCAUGGGCUCUAGAACAGGAGAAGUCUCCAGUCAAAGGGGGAAUCCUUGCAGAUGAGAUGGGAAUGGGAAAGACCAUUCAAGCAAUUGCUCUUGUUCUUUCCAAAAGAGAACUCUUUCACACGACUGGUGAAUGUGAUGGAUCUUCAUUGACUCCCAGUUCAUCUAAAGAUUUUCCUGCAGUUAAAGCAACCCUUGUGAUUUGCCCUGUUGUGGCAGUCAGUCAGUGGGCAAGUGAGAUUGAUCGGUUUACAUUAAAGGGAAGUACCAAAGUGCUGGUUUACCAUGGGGCCAAAAGAGGGAAGAGUAUUGAACAGUUCCUGGAUUAUGAUUUUGUGAUAACCACAUAUUCUGUUGUUGAGUCUGAGUAUAGAAAAUAUAUGAUGCCUCCCAAGGAAGAGUGUAAAUAUUGUGGGAAGUUAUUCCAGCCAUCAAAACUCCGAGUUCACCUAAAGUAUUUUUGCGGCCCACAUGCUACUAGGACAGCAAAGCAGUCCAAACAAAAGAGGAAGGAGAAAUCAAUGUCAAAUGUGAAAAAGGUUGUAAGAAAGAAGAAAUCAGAACUUAAUAUGGAAGAGAAAGAUAUGGGCUCUGAGUUUGAAGUGGAAGAUUCUGCAAGAGUAGAACGUCACUCAACUCAAGGAAAAUCAGUUUUGCACUCUGUGAAGUGGAAGCGCAUCAUCUUGGAUGAGGCCCAUUUUGUGAAAGAUAAACGUUGCAACACUGCAAAGGCUGUUAUGUCUUUAGAGUCCUCUUAUAAAUGGGCUCUGAGUGGCACUCCACUUCAGAACCGUAUUGGAGAACUAUACUCUCUGGUCCGGUUCUUGCAAGUAGACCCAUACUCCUAUUAUUUGUGCCGCGAUUGUGACUGCAGAAUUCUUGAUUACAGUUCAUCAAACCAAUGUUCCAACUGUGAGCAUGCUUCUGUGAGGCACUUUUGUUGGUGGAAUAAGUAUGUGGCUACACCAAUACAGCAUCAUGGUACUGCUGUUAAUUCUGGAAAAAGAGCCAUGAUAUUGCUUAAACACAAAGUUUUGAAACAAAUUCUCCUUAGACGUACCAAGAAGGGCCGGGCAGCUGAUCUUGCUCUUCCUCCCAGAAUUGUUUCAUUGAGGCGAGACAGCUUGGAUAUAAAGGAAGCAGAUUAUUAUGAAUCCUUAUACAAUGAAAGUCAAGCACAAUUUAACACAUAUGUCCAAGCAGGAACUCUAUUGAACAACUAUGCUCACAUAUUUGACCUCCUUACUCGCUUGCGACAGGCUGUUGAUCACCCUUACCUUGUGGUGUAUUCUAGUAGUGCUGUACGGAGGAGUGGAAGCUUGGUUGUUGAUGCUGAUAAAGAUAAUGUUGAACAAGAAUGUGGGAUUUGCCAUGAAUCAGCAGAAGAUCCUGCGGUUACCUCUUGUGGACAUGUAUUCUGCAAGGCAUGCUUGCUUGACUAUUCAACCUCAGUAGGAGAAGUCAAAUGCCCAUCUUGUUCAAGAGCACUUACUGUAGAUCUAACUACAAAGGCAGAUGCUGGAGGUCAGACUGGGAAAACAACAGUUAAGGGGUUUAAAUCCUCAAGUAUUAUAAACAGAUUACAACUGAAUGAUUUUCAGACAAGCACAAAAAUUGAGGCUUUGAGGGAAGAAAUCAGAUUCAUGGUUGAAAGAGACGGUUCUGCCAAAGGAAUUGUCUUUAGCCAGUUCACAUCCUUCUUGGAUCUAAUUAAGUACUCCCUCCAAAAGUCUGGUGUAAAAUGUGUUCAAUUGGAAGGAAGUAUGUCUCUUCCUGCAAGAGAUGCUGCAAUCAAAACAUUUAUUGAGGAUCCAGAUUGCAGGAUUUUCCUCAUGAGCUUGAAAGCUGGAGGUGUCGCUCUUAAUCUUACAGUUGCAUCCCAUGUCUUCUUGAUGGAUCCAUGGUGGAACCCAGCUGUGGAGAGGCAAGCUCAAGAUAGAAUUCACCGAAUAGGGCAGUAUAAGCCAAUCAGGAUUGUGAGAUUUAUCAUUGAGAACACAAUCGAGGAGAGGAUUUUGAAACUGCAAGAGAAGAAAGAAUUGAUGUUUGAAGGGACCAUAGGUGGCUCUUCAGAGGCUUUAGGGAAAUUGACAGAGGCAGACAUGAGAUUUCUGUUCACCAAUUAAACAAGGUUCCACCCAAAUUGAAGCAAAGAGAGAGUUGCAUUUAGACAACUUACCAGUCCACAACCAAAGGACUGGGUGUUCGUGGUUAUUAAUUCUCUCAAAUGAACUUCUGAUUUUUGUCAUUAGUAAUUUGGGUUAAACAGCUUUUGUUUUUUGUUGAAGAUAACUUUUUGAAGACAUGUUAUUAGUAUUUCUAAUGCGUGGACCUUCCUCUUAAGAUGAAAAUCAUGGGGAAAAAACAUUUAUGAUAAUAUAGAAUAAAUGGAUGGAAUUGAUGGCGUGGUUCUGCUGUCUUCAUGACAGCAUGGUAGAAUAUGAUGAUGAAUGAUGGUAAAAUAUGAUGAUGUACCCACGCCACUGCUCCUGAUGCCUUUGCCUGGAUGGGUAGCUCCAAUGGCAAUUUCUCCUCUUCCUCUCUGCCUACUGCUUGUUGAAGGACACCUUUAUCUUGUUAAGGAUAAUUCCUGGCUUUGGAUUUGAAAGUUGUGUACUUUUGUCUUUACCUAAGAUCCAAUCCUUUGCUACUUCUUAUUUGUUUUUUUUAUUUAAUAAUAUUAAUUUUAUUAA